AAGUUACUUAUUUAAAAUAUUUUUGAGCGAGAUUCUUAUCUUGCCUGAUCAAUUUAUACAUUUCAUGAAAUGAAGUAUACCUGGAGGAAAGAAGGGAUAAGGUAAAGUAAAAGAAGAAUCAGUGCAAUUUCUAAUGCGUUUCUUAAGUUCAUCGAGAUUUCCAAGGAAUUAAUACAAUUCAAUUACAUUUUUUAAUGAUUCUUAAUACUAGUUUUCUUAAAUUAAUGCAUUAUAUUCUUCGAGUAAAGUAACACUGAUUGUCUGAUUUUUAUAUUCAAAUCAAAUCUGCUAAAUAUCCUGUAAUAAAUACAAUCGAUCGGUUAACGAAAGGUGGCAGAAAUAUAGUAAGUGAAUGGAGAAAUUCAAACCUUAAAAACGAAACUUCGUUUGGUACGUUAUCCAACAUAACCUAUAACCUGAUAUUUGCUUAAAAAAAAAGUGACAUAGAAUAAUCUUCAAUUCCUUAACUAUACUACACAAGAAACGACACAGACGAAACAGAAUAUUUUAAAAUAUUUUCAAUCGAGCAACUCCAUCCAUCAAUUUCAUAUUUCAAACUAAUCCGUUUUGCAAUACUUAUGUGUACAACGUGAACAUAGUUUAAUUCACAUUAUACGUGCAAUUAAAAAUGAUUUGUCAAAUAGAUCAGGUUUUGAAAUAAUUCAUUAAAAUAUUUAUAACCGAGGAAAGAUAUAGUCGCUUGAGUAAUCGAUAGCAUUAAAACGACUGUCGAUUAUGGAUCUGUCAAAAAUGUAUUUUCUCGUCUGACAACAAAAUGUAAUUCACCGAUUUAUACGAAUUUUACAUGCCCAUUUUAGAAUGAAAUUUAUAUGCUCAAUUUACAUUUUAUUUGUGAUUUUUGCCGAAAACAAGGAAAAAUUUUUCGUACAAUGUAUCGCCAAUAUAAAAGAGAACGAACUCAUAUAUCUGUCGAACUUGUUAAACCCUGUAGAAUGUUUGCAACUUGUACAAGCUAUAUACGAAGUAACUCCGAUGAAAACGGAACGUAGAGUGAAAAAGUAUGAAACUUUAAUGAAUAAAGAUUUCACUGGAAUGUCGACAUUGUCGAAAGAAUGUCUUCUUAAUCUUGAAGAGUGGAGCCAAGAUUUUCCAACAAAUGCGAGACCAAGUGGAAGGACAACGAUGGAAAUGAUAUUAAGAUGGUUAGGACGACCAGAUUUGGCAAAGUACGUGAGAGAAAAUCGCGAGAGUAUUGACUACUUCGAUACAGAGAAUUUAGCAGAUACGUUAGAAUUUCCAGGACACAGAGUGUCGAAAAGGCAUACCUCGGGAAAGGAUAAAAAUGCACAAGCUCAUAAAAAAAACAAGAAAAAAAAAAAGAAAAGAAAGCAGAAAAAUUCUAAAACACAAAAUAAAAAAGUUGGAAAAGCAGUUGCAGCAACGGGAGCACAUGCUAAAGUUAACAAGAAUCAUCAUGACUUAAAAAAGAAAGAUAAUCGUCAUUCAAGACAGCCUAAUAAUAGUACUAAUAAUUACAUCGCACACACAUCGAUGUACUGUUCAAUUUUGCUUAUUCUAUUCUUUAUUACCAUUUGCCUUGUCGCUGCCUACUACUUUUACAAGCGAAAUAGUACGAAGGCACGUGGUACGCGAUUCAAGCAUAUGCGGCGACCCAAAGAGGACAAAGAUACUUUCACCGAUUAUUUGGAAUGGAAGGACGAAAUUAUUUGUUCAUGUACGGAUAUGGAGGAAUGUUGCACGGGAGAAUGUUCAUUAUGCAAAGAAAAUGAUUAUAAACAUCACGUGAUAGAUCGUCGAACUAGUAGCAGCGACGAUUCUAUCAAAGAACUGAAUUUUGUGGUGCGUAAACCGAAGAAGAAAGAAAAGAAAAGAAAACGAUUUACCUUUUUCCAAAGCUCUUGUCAAAAUAAGAAGAAGGAAAAGGAACAGGAAUAUCGGGAUAGGAAGUGCGUAAAAAGGAGGAAUCUUGGAAAAUUUUGGAGAAUAUGAUGAUGAAGAAACAUGAAAAACUAUUACCAAUGCUUCCAAAUGAUGUAUGUUGUAAAUGUUGUAAAUGUACUGUGUAUAUUAGAGGUAUGAUUAUGACGAGAUUUGACUAUCUUUAAAUUCGUAUUGUAUUCGUUUUAUGUUUAACUUAUAUAUAUAAAUAGAUAAAAUAUUACGUGAAAAGAAAGCGAAAGAAAAGAAAGCGAGGAAAAAAAAGGAAGAAAAGAGAAGGAAAAAGGAAAAAUUGCGAAAAGCAGAACUACGUGCAAAUAAUGUAUGUUUCAGAGAUAUAUGUAAAUAAACUAUUGCUUGAUUUGCUAUU